GGAGCAAACCAGCAUCAGCUCAGUCUCAAGCCAGGGCUGCUAGAGGGAUAGCACGCUGCUUCUCGGUAUCGGCAUCCAGCCCAUCGGCAUCCAUGUGCAGGUACCUUGCUCUUCACAGCAAAAACAGGUGGGAGCAAGGUAGCCCAGCACUAAAAUUGUAGAACCAUUCAAUCAGGCUGAGGCCAGGCGAGAGAACGAGGGGCUACCAUUCCUCGACUCUUGUUUUUCUCCCCUCCCACCUAUUACCUUGCCUACCUUGCCCUCCUGCCUUGAAUCUUCACUCCAACGUCAACACACGAUUCUUCUUGCUCGUCGCACGCCAUCACCUAAACGAAACGACCUACGCAUAAAACUAUACUUAUCGCCAAUCGCCCGGAAGCUCUCCGUAGCUUCGUCAACAUACCUAUUCCGUCCACGACACACACUCGUUUCUCGACCCCGCAAAACUCAAAAAUGGCUCCUCCACCCUACGGCCUCACUGAGGAGCAGUACAAAGACUACAAGCAGGUCUUUUCCAUCUUUGAUCGCGAUGGCACCGGCGCCAUCAACGCGGAGGAGUUCCAGAUUGCCAUGCAGUCUCUUGGUCUGAACCCCAGCAUCAAGGAGGUCAACGAGCUCAUCGCCGAGGUCGACCCCAACAACGACGGUGGAAUUGAUUUCGAAGAAUUCCUUCAACUCAUGAGCGAGGCACCCGCGCCGUCAAGCAAAGAUUCGGACACCAACACCGAGCUCGUCGCAGCCUUCAAGGUCUUUGACAAGGACAACAGCGGCUCCGUCUCGCCUUCGGAACUGCGCCAGGUGCUGCUGUCUCUCGGUCAGCGCGCCACCGACGAGGAGAUUGAGGAGAUGAUCAGAGGGGCCGAUCUCGACGGCAACGGUUCUAUUGAUUAUCAAGAAUUCGUCCAGCUCAUGGCCCCGAAGGACCCCAAGAAGUAGAAACAACAGUCUGCAAACGCGAGCAGCAGCAGCAGCAGCAGCAGCGAUAAACGGUUUGGCGGGGCGAUCUUUCUUUGAUUUUG